AUGUCGCAGCCGAAGAUGAUCACGGAGUACAGGAGGAGUGGAGCGAUGCCAUCCACGUUUAUCGACUCUGGUCACGUGGACUCCGCCCUCCAGUUGCUCGACGAAAUGACCCAAAAGAACUCAACAUCUCACACAUCGUUGAUUCCUGGCCUCUCUGCUUUGAGUGCUGCAGUUUGCAUCCAAGAACUUGUCGGGGCAUCCAAUACAGUCUUUUGUAGUAAAAGCUUUUGGAUGAAGAAGGUGUUCAAUGAGAUGCCAAAGAAAGAUGUACGUGGUCUCAUGGAAUUCAGUGGUUCAAGAUGCGGCCAUGGUGGUCUAGUUAAUGAAGGCUUGGAUUAUUUCCACUCCAUGAGUAAGAGAUAUGGCACUGACUCAAGCUUACAUCAUUACAUUCGUGUUGCCGAUUUGCAUGGAAUAGCUGGUAGGCUAAAAGAAGCUCAUAAUUUGCUUUGUGGCAAGCCUAUUGCAGCUAACGCCGUUGCAUCGCAUGCUCUUCUCAAUGCAUGUUUGAUCCAUGGUGAUGCUGCUACGGAAGAACUCACAUUUCAUAGGGACGUGGAAACAAAAAGAGUGGCAGGUGAAUGGUUCCUUAAGCCAGAUGAGGAUGGGCACCAGGCGGCAGUGAUUAGGAGGCAUCGGAACAGGAUCAGGGCGAUCAGGGAUGAGGAUGGGCAGCUAGUGGAGGACCCAGAUAUGAUUCGUAGGGUGUUGGAGGGUUUUUUCAGAGCCAGAUGGUCUGAGCAGACGGGCCCCGCGGCUUCAGAGGGCCUUGUGCCACCACUGAUACGGGUGACGGAGGAGGAUACAGCAGCACUGAUUAGGCCGGUAUCGGCGAGGGAGAUUCAGGAGGUGAUGUGGUCCCUUGAGGGGGACAAGGCACCCGGCCCGGACGGCUUUCCACCAUUUUUCUUUCGGAGGUACUGGAUGAUUGUGGGACAGACUGUGACAACGGCCAUACAGCAGUAUUUCAGUACAGCCGUGAUGUCUACAGAUUGGCAGAGGACCCUAGUCACCCUCAUACCGAAGCGACAGGACGCUGCUGAGCCGAGUCACUUUCACCCGAUCAGUCUGUGUACUACCUUGUACAAGGUGACGGCGAAGCUACUAGCUCUGAGAUUGAGAGAUAUUCUACCGAGACUGAUUAGCCCGGAGCAGGGGGCUUUUGUGGGAGGGCGGAGUAUUACAGACAAUGUCCUUAUUGCUCAGGAAUUUAUGUUUGAUCUUGGUAGGGCCUCAAGUAGGAGGAGUUUGAUGGGGAUCAAGCUUGACAUGGAGAGAGCAUAUGAUAUGAUGAGAUGGGAUUUUGUGCAGCAGUCCUUGCAGGGAUUUGGUUUUCCUGAGGCAUGGAUCAGAUGGGUUAUGGGGUGCAUCAGAGCCCCCUCUUUUGCUAUCUUGGUAAAUGGUUCGCCUUCACGGUAUUUUGAGUCUUCUGGGGGAUUGCGUCAGGGGUGCCCCCUCUCUCCAUUGUUGUUUAUUAUAUGCGCAGAUGCACUUUCCCGGGCCCUUCGGCAUGCAGUGAGUACCCAGGAGAUGGAGGUUUAUAGGCCGGUGGCGGAGGCCACACCGAUUUCGCACCUGCUCUUUGCCGAUGAUUGCCUCUUGUUAGCUCGGGCGACUAGGCAGGCUGCACUGAUUAUUUGGAGGAUUUUCCGAGAUUACUGUUCUAUGUCUGGUCAACGGGUUAAUUUAUCUAAGUCAGCAAUCAUCUUCAGCCCGAAGACCAAACUGAGUGUGAAGACCUCCAUUGUGGAGAUUCUGGGAGUGGGUGAGCAGGUGGGCACGAUGAGGUAUUUGGGAGUACCGAUCUCCGGUCAGCGCCUACGCAGCGGCGAGUGCACUUCCCUCGAGCUCAGUAUCAGACACAGAUUGGAGGGCUGGCAGAUACACUCACUAUCCAUGAUGGGCAGGAUUACUCUGGUACGGUCAGUUCUUUCCUCUAUCCCGGUCUACCUGCUAUCUAACUCCCUUAUUCCAGUAGCGACAGUGAGGAAAAUUGAGCAGAUCUAUAGGAACUUUAUUUGGGGGAGGAACAGUGGAAGGGGGGGUAUCCCUCUUAUGGCAUGGGAGGUUGUAUGUCAGCCAACGAGAUAUGGUGGUUUGGGGGUGCAGUCCUUAGUGGCGAGACGGGAGGUCCUAGCGGCACGGCAUGCUGCUAGAUUUGUGCUGGAGCCCAGUGGCAUGUGGUCUUCACUGAUGAGGGCCAAGUAUGGCGUCCUAGCGCUUGGGACCCAUGCUGGGCGUCGCCAUUCACCGGUUUGGAGAGAGAUUUGUGCUAGGGCAGGGUUGGUGCUUCCCGCGAUUAGAUGGGCCAUUGGAGAUGGACGGUCCAUUGAUGUGUUGGAGGAUUGCUGGGUGACGGAGCAGCCUAUUAGCAGAUUACCAGUUAUGGUGGAUACGUCGAGGUUAGCCGGUCUCAGGGUCAGAGAUCUGAUGGAGCCAGGGGGUGAUUGCUGGAGGAUGGAGUUGAUCAGAGAGACUUUUGGGGAGCAGUUGGCAGAGAUGAUCCUGGCCCUACAUAUCCCUGCCCGAGAGGAGUUGGACAGACUAGUAUGGAUGCCGUCUGGGCGAUCUCAGGUGAGGGCCAGGGAUAUUCACUCUUUUCUGAGCCGAGAGCCAGCCCGGCAGAUAGAGGGAGGAUGGAUCUGGAGGAUGCGGGUUCAUCCGCGGGUGGCGCUCUUCAUCUGGAAGGUGGCAUGGGGCUGCCUACCGACCAGGAGCUUGCUAGUGAGGCGGGGCAUGAGGAUUACUCAGUGUUGUGAGGAGUGCACGGAGACCGAGGAGACGAUUGAUCACGCUCUUUUGCAGUGUCCCAGAGCUAGGGAGAUUUGGCGUCUAUCACCAUCCGUUUUACCCCACUCAGUCGAGUCGACACAGAACCUGAUUCAUUGGCUGAGGGUUUCCAUGAGGAGGCCUAGCACUGUUGAGGCCGGCAUCUGCUGGGUAUAUCUGGUUUAUUCUAUUUGGUUGGACAGGAAUGCUGGCAUCUUUGAGGGUAGGCGAUUACCCCCACGGAGGGUGGUGGACAGAGCCAUGCUUUAUGCCAGGGAGAUUACUACAGCUGCCAUUAGCUUCACUUCUGAGAUAGCCAUGGACAUCUGGGGUACUUUUUCAGCUGUCACAGCGCCCAGUAUGUCGGUGGACGGGGUGUCGGGAGGAGCUGGCUUUGUCAUUAGAGACUAUCUGGGUAGGCUCAUUGCUGCUGGUGGGUGCCGUACGCCGGGAUUCACCGUAGUUGGGGCAGAGUUGCGGGCAGCCUGGGAGGGCAUAGCAUAUGCGAGGCGGGUACUUCAUGCUGAGCAUAUAUGUCUUGAGGGGGAUUCCUCUGUGGUGAUCGACUGGAUACGAGGAGUGGAUAGAUAUGGUGAUGGUCAUCCCCUCAUUCGUGAGACUCGGCGAUUGACUCAGGAGAUGAGCAAUUUCCAGGCAUCACAUGUCUUUCGGGAGGCGAACAGUGUGGCAGACUGGGUUGCCUCUUUUGUUGCCCGGCACUCUGGGGAGGUCAUAUUGACAUUUGUAGGAGAUAUUCCUCCCACCCUUUACCCUUUGCUUUCUUUUGAUUUGGCUGGAUCAGGAAUUGAUUGGAAAAGCGCCGAUCGAUCGAUCGAUCUGUCUGUCCCGAGCUAG